ACCAUUGAAAAGUAAAAAUUCAUAAAAAAUCAAUAUUUGAAUCUAAAUAGCGCAAGUAGAGUUUCAUCUAAACAAAGCAAACAACAGUGCUUUAGCUUUUUAGUCCUGUUGAAGGGAAGAAUAAUCGUCAAGAAAUUCCAUCUGUGGUCUGUGCCCUAGGAGAGAAUUAUGGCUUCAGGAAAUCGGAAUCCAAAACAAGCGAAGUUCCAGAAAGAUCUAGAGUAUAAUGAGAAAUUGAAGCUGGUUGAUGCAGAACUGAUGUCAUUUCAUCAGUACUGUCAACAAAUGGGCUUCACAGAUGCUGAAAUGGAAGUUAUAUGCUCCCCACUCUUUGAGGCAAUGCAGAAGAAUACUUUGAAAAAAAUACUAAAAACUAUCUUUAUAAUGAUAGUGAUAGGGGUUGCUCUAUAUGCUGUAAUUCAGAUAGGAAGUGUUGCAGUACACCUCACUGCUAUUGGAAGAAUCUUUAUGAUAAAGGCUCUACCGUUUUGGGACUGGAGAUCUUUGUUCUAUGAAUCCUGCCUCAUGACCAAUCCAUUCUACAGUGAUUACACUUUAACAGAAGAUGACUGUGUUUCCUGUGAAGCCUUGGAGUAUGUUGAUCGAGUGGACAAAGUUGGCUAUGACUCUCUUCUCAAUAACUAUCUGAGUAGGGAUGUACCUUUGAUUGUUACUGAUGCUAUGGAAUCGUGGCCUGUCAUGAAUACAAACGAUUUCUAUUUCGACAACAUCACUCAGUUGUAUCUUCAAGAUGAAAAAUUGGUUGAUACGGUGCCAUGUAUUCUUACAACAAAUCUGAGGACUGGAUCAUCUGAUUUAUUGGCUUUUCUGAAGCGUAUUCACAGUUCUUCAGUUGACAAGUGGUUUGUUCAUUGGCAAAAUUGUGACAUCCAUGCUGUGAAGGCACUAAGAAAAUUUUAUCAGCGUCCAUACUUCCUUUCAAGCUCUGUUUCUCCAGCUCACUUCAAUUGGGUACUCAUGUCUUCGGACUACAAUACCAAUAAUUACAAAAAGGUUGAACUGGACUCAGGACUGAUAAUGCUAGCGCAGCUGCGAGGUUCCACUGUAUUCAAAUUGACUCCACAUAACCUUUGCAAUUCUUCAUGCCCUCAACUAUCAUCUGAUCUUUCUGAAGGAGAAAUCUUGGUCUUCACAAACUAUCUGUGGAAUUUCGAGUAUCGGCCUGGUCAUCAUCUUGAUAGCGUGGCAAUUUUGACGGAAACUGUUUGGGAUGAAGUAUCCCAAUAAUAUCAUUGGUAUAUUACCAUUUAGCUAGUUAUUUGUGUAUUUUAAUGUAUCCAACACCACAUAUUCCACUGUAUUAGGUGUGUAUAAUGAUAAUAAAAAUAUAAUAUUCAAAUAUAUAUUAUCUGGAAUAUUGAAGAAAAAAUAUUUACUGGUGGAGGCUACUGGUUUAUCGUGUAUUGAUCAACUUGAGUAUUAAUCUGGUAUGUACUACGAUGUUGUAUGACUAUGUUCAAACUACCAAUAAAUUGUACUGGGCCGCA